UCUCCUCUCCCACAUUCUGAAUAUAUGAUACUGCAUCUCAUUAUGAUGAAAGACAAUAUUCAGAGGGAAGUGUGGGCAGUGCCAUUUGGAAUUAUGUCAAGAAUGGACAAUUGACUGCUUCAUGAUACACAUCAAGCGCCAACAUCCAGUGCCCAUACAACUGGUGUGAGGCUGCAUGUGAAGCCUUCAUGACUUUCACCUCCUGCUGGAUGACUGAGGGACCCCUUAUAUGGAAGAAUGGACUGAAUGUGGCGCUUUCCUCUCACAUGUGUCAAGGUGCCCCUGAGCAAGGGCGCUUAAUCCAAUCCCAAACUGGUCAAGCAGCUCAGAAGCUGACAGCCUGUGAUUGUCCCAUGCGGCCACCAUGCAAUGCAUGAAGUGGCUGUACAGAGCGGCCAGCAGCAGCAGCAGCAGGUGCCUUCAUCUGCAUACAGAUCUGUUUAAAAAUGUUCAUAUAGGCUAAUAAAAAAGAGAAAAGAAUCAGUGUGGAUAACAGGGAACGACAUUAUAUGGCGAGAAAAAAAUAAAAAAAUAAAGGGAUUUUUCAGAGACACCGCUGGAUGAGCAGUCUGUCAGCAGCCUGUUAGCGGCACUGCAGAUGGACUGGAGCAGAGUCAGCUCUGCCGGCAGCCUCACUCUCUCUGCCACAUCCCCCCCCCACACGCUCACAGCACCUACACACACACACACACACACACACACACACACACACGCACAUCAUGGACGCAUCUCUCACGUCCUUCACUCGCUACAUUUAACGCUCAUCGGCUGCGGUUAGAGGCGAACCCGAAGACGCCAAGUCCGGAUCUCCUUCUGCGCUCCCGAGGACGCCGCCGAGGUCGUUUUUCCAGCUGCGGAGGAGAGAAUGAAGCGGCUGGUUGUCAGAGCUGUGCAGCGCAGAGCCAUGAAUCCCUGGCUGCUCUUCGCUCUCCUCGGACUGUGUGCAGCAUUUGGCCCUAGUAAACAGGAAGAGGAGGACUAUGAAGACGUUCCCAUAAAUAAGACCUGGGUCCUAUCACCAAAGGUCUACGAGAGCGAUGUGACUUUGAUCUUAAAUAAACUGCUGCUGGGUUACGACAACAAACUGCGGCCCGACAUUGGAGUGAGGCCAACAAUAAUUGAAACAGCUGUAUAUGUGAACAGCAUUGGACCAGUGGACCCUAUCAACAUGGAAUACACCAUCGACAUCUUCUUUGCCCAGACGUGGUAUGACAGCCGACUCAAGUUUAACAGCUCAAUGAAGCUGCUCAUGCUCAAUAGUAACAUGGUAGGCAAAAUCUGGAUUCCCGACACAUUCUUCAGAAAUUCCCGCAAGUCAGACGCCCACUGGAUCACCACUCCCAACCGCCUGCUGAGGCUGUGGAGCAAUGGGAGAGUCAUGUACACACUGAGGUUGACUAUUAAUGCGGAGUGUUACCUUAAGCUGCAUAACUUUCCAAUGGAUGAACACUCGUGUCCACUGGAGUUUUCAAGCUAUGGUUAUCCCAAGAAUGAGAUCAUGUACCGAUGGCAAAGACGGGCAGUGGAGGUGGCAGACCAGCGGUACUGGAGACUCUACCAGUUUGCCUUUGUAGGGUUGAGGAAUACUUCUGAUGUGGCACACACACAGUCAGGCGAAUAUGUAAUCAUGACGAUCUUUUUUGACCUGAGUCGGAGAAUGGGAUACUUCACCAUCCAGACCUACAUACCCUGCAGUAUGAUUGUGGUUUUGUCCUGGGUAUCCUUCUGGAUCAACAAGGAUGCUGUCCCAGCCCGCACAUCUCUAGGUAUCACCACAGUGCUCACAAUGACAACUCUAAGCACCAUCUCCAGGAAGUCCCUGCCCAAGGUUUCCUAUGUGACUGCAAUGGACCUGUUCGUUUCUGUCUGCUUCAUCUUCACCUUCGCUGCCCUCAUGGAGUACGGCACUCUGCACUACUUCACCAGCAACAGACAGACCAAAAAGGCAAAAGCCAACAACACACAGCAGAAAGCAUCCAGCAUGGUGCACAUCCGACCUGGCACAUCCCUGCUGCAGAUGAACAACAUUGUGCCAUACCAUGAGGAGCCUGACUAUGCUUACGAGUGUUUGGAUGGUAAAGACUGUGCCAGCUUCUUCUGCUGCUUUGACGACUGCCGCUCAGGUGCCUGGCGUGAGAACAGGAUGCAUGUGCGGGUUUCCAAGAUCGAUUCAUACUCACGAAUAUUCUUCCCUACGGCUUUUGGCCUUUUCAACCUGGUAUAUUGGAUAGGUUACCUGUAUCUAUAAAACCAGUACCAAAAGAAGGACAGCUGGAGUUUAACAUCUGCAAACAUUUCACUAAAGCGAAGCUGCUCUUGUAGCAUAACAUAAUUGCUACUCAGCAAACAUGUAUGGCAAAAAAAAGAACGAAACUGAAAUCUGGAGAUGAAUUAUGAAUGGCAGUGCCUUGUUUUUUUUUUCAUACUAGUGAUGAGGCAAAAUGCAAAAGAGAGCUGUCAGUUAGUUUGUCAAUCUGUCCAACUCCUUGUUCCAGAGCAAUAUUGGUCAACAGCUACUGGCUAGUAUGCCAUUGAGAACAGUAUGGAUAUGACUUAACAUAGCAAGGAAUCAAAAAAAAAAAGAAAAAUAAAUGGCUGUAUUUCUAUGAAAUGUGUUGAGGACUUUCAUGGUUGCAAGGUUGAUUCCUUUUUAUGACCCUUAAAUUGACAGUGCUGCAGCAAAGUGGUAUUCUCUCAACUUUGAAAUGCGCUCCUUGAGUAUUUUUAUACCCAACAAGAAAACAUCUCAAAUAUGCCACUCAGAUUUUUUUUUCCACUUUUACAAAUCCUGCAUAAUACAGUCUACCCGUCUAUCCAUUGUCCACCACUCCAAAUCCAGAUUUGUCUAAAGGUUUAUAUUUUUAUCUUGUGCAGAGUUAAAGGGGGGAUCUUGACAUCAGGAAUGACUGCAGUAAUCUCAAUUACAGAAUAUAGCUACAACAAAAAGGCUUGAUGAUAAUUGUUAACUCGACUCAUAUUUCCUUUCCCUCAGUCUCCUUUUUUCUCUGUUUUUUAAGUUGAUCUCAACCAGUAAAUGUUGGGUUGAUAAUUUCUAAUUUGGAUCUUGUUCAAGGUUGACAACAUACCCUGAUUCACUGAGCUGACAACUCUCAUUGUGUCUCUUCAGCCCAGUGUCAUGUCACAGUGUGUCAUAGACCCGCCAGUCUACCUGAGGACAGCUUGUGAGUGUGAAGAUUUGCCUCACCUAGGUGCGAAAGUACAUGCUUAUGUGAGGAUGCAGUACCAAACAGGGGGUGAUAAUAAAGGGAGAAAAUGAUGAACACGGUAUAAAGAGCCAGAAUGUCUGUGUAGCACGGAGUUAGGACUUUGCUUCCUGUGUAAAGCACAUAGUCAAUAGUGAUUACUUCAUUGAAGAGUUUUCUGUUAUUCCAAACCAUGACCUGAAACAUUAUCCUAACCAUAACCAACUAGUUGCGUUGUCUAAAUUGGCAUGUCUUUUUAUUGCUAACUUGACCACAGAAUGAGAAGGUGAGGCCUAACAAAAAUAGACUGUGGAUUGGUGGGUUUAUUACAUGAUUUGCCAUGGUAUCAGGUUGUGUGAAAAACGUUUUGGUACAUCUGGUCCACGUUUUCAUCCAGCAUGCCAUUGCAUCUGGCAGUUAAAAUGGCAGACGUAAGCAGUGGGAGAAUAUCAGCGGAGGCUAAGAAAUGUUGAUUUCAACAAACAAAAUGAUUUUGCAGUGGUGGAAUAUAAACCUCAUUAGAUUAAAGGAGGAGUUGAAAGUAUUUUGACCCAAUUAACAGAUUAGAUUUGAUUUGUUAGCAAGCUGUCAAACCCUCACCCUACCCAUAGCAGCUCUGACCCCAGAAAUGUUUGCAGGAAGUAAAACUCCAGUCUACAGAGGAGAUAUUGCCAUCAAAGAAAAAAAAAAAAAAAAAGCCCAAUGUUUGUUUACUCUUUGCCACCGUGCUAUUGACAUUGUUAAGAAACGAAAGAGAGCGAAAAAGGUGCGUUGCACUUUGUAGCUAUAAUGUGGAAUAAAUGGGUAUUGUUUCCUCUCUUAAAGGUAUAUUCCCAGAUUUUCUUAAAAUGAUCAGUUGUUCUUAUUAUGUAAACUCAGCUGGGUUACAAAAAUCACUUGAGAUUUAAAAAAUUAACAGUUGUGUGUGACUAUUGGUCACUAUAUUACAACCAUGGAGCAUAUCAUUAUAUAGCUGAAAAACUCCAUUGUUCGUACAGUUCUAUUUUUCUAGGCAGCGCCUCACAAAUUUAAUGGUCAGUGAGGUCAAACUGGACCAGCCUCGCUCAGAUGGUAGUGCAUGGGAUUCAUUUGUAACCUCUGUCAAACAGUGAAUUGUCAUAAACAAUGAUGGUUGAUUUUCGAGCAGCCACAUUUUAUACUCUAAAGUAUCAUAACUUACACAAAGUGCAAGAAUUGUCAUUGAUGCACUGUUCAAAAAAAUGUGCGUACACUCUUAAAAACACUCGUGUUCUGAAUUUAAAGUUUCCAGCUCUAAUUGUGCAUUUCCUCCAUGAACAGAUUCGAAAAAACAAUGUCCUUUACUAUACAGGUCAUAAAUUACUUGUAUUUCCUUUUAUACAGUUCUAUUGCAUGUAAAAUAAUCAUAUUUCCAGCAGCAUCUUUGAAGAAAUACUCUGCACAGCAUUUUAUCUAUAUUGUCUGAAUGGCAGCUGUCAAGAGCAUAGAGUCAUGAAGAUCUCAUAAAGGAAUGGAAAAUUAUGAUCGACUCAAAGCUGAAAGCUGAAGUUGUUAAAUAGUUUGACGGUAUAAAUUCUCUAUAAUCACCUAUCCACAUAUGAAAGUAGAAUCCGUGGGCAAGGGACAGGUUUUGGUAUUGGAAGAAAUCUGCUUUCCGGUUGUAGUCAGUUUUUAGUCUUGACAGAUUAUGUUUGAGUGGGCUUUGGUUGCAUGCAGGUAAAUGCAGUCCGUGUGAAGAGCAAAAGAGAUGGAAAGAUUGGCAUAUGUGCAAUCUCAGAAUCCAUCUUUCCGAGCUUGUCACUUCAAUCAGCCUUUUAUAUUUUUCUAUCUGCAUUCACAUGUAGAUAUCUGAAAUGAUCAGGAUAGAUACCGGUUAUCAGUCAUUGAGACUGAUAACUGGCAUUUGUAACCAAUAUACAUUUACAGUCAAAAUAAAACUCUUGGUGUCAUCAUUUUGAAUGUGAUAUGCCACACAAUCCAAUACUAAGCUCAGCAGAAGUGCAUUUAAGCAUACAAUUCAAUAAAAUAGAACUUAUAGUCUAUCAUUUAGUGUUCCAAAACAUAAAAAAUGCACUUCAGAAUAAUAUACUACUGGAAUAUAGUUACUUAUGCAUUGCUCACUAGUGUCAUCAAUUCAACUGGUUAAGGGAGAACUCAUAUUAAUUGCUUUGAUACUGCUGAAUGGAUCAAUAUAUGACAGCACACCAAUUCAUAUGUUGAUUGUGGGGUAAAAUGUAAUGAUCUUAAAAAAGUAAAGUAUCAAAAUGUAAGCAUUCAACUUAAGUAAAAUUGUACUACUCAAGGAAAUGUACCUAAUUAUCUCACCACUGGAUUUUAAAAAAAACAGAGACCUUAGAUGCAGUUCCAUUAACUCUUAAGUGUCUAACAACAAUAUCCUACAGAACUGCAGCUCUCUAACAUUCUAGGAAAUAGUCUUUCCUAGAGUCUAUUACAACAGCUUCAAGACACACUUUAACAUCACUAGAGUUAACUUGUUUAGACUGAGAAUAUGACCGGCCCAGGUAAGUGCAGGAAAUACUGUUAAAGCCGAUCUGCUAGGACCCGAUGAUUGGCCAGGCCAAAAAUUAGUCAACCCCACAAACCCCCCAGUCUAGGUAAUAUCAGCCAAUGCUACUGACGGACUGUAACAUUUUGUUUGGUGAUGUUUCUCUAAACAUCAUAAUUAUUGUCUCUGCUGGUCAGUACAGAAAGUAUAUAAGCUUUGUAACACAAGCAUAUUAUGGAUUACACACAUUCUUUGCCUCUUUUAAACAAACCAGACAUUGUUAAAUUGUCGUCAUGAGCCCACACCAUUACUCAAGUAAAUCAGUUAUUUAGCAUUUCAUGUACAUAGUACUAUGAAAAAUAUUGAGCCUUCAGCCCUAAACAGCUGUACUCUUUUUUUUUUUUUUUUUUUUAUCCACUAGUUACCCGUUAGUUAUCCACUAGUUAUGCUGUGCAUCGAUAUAGAUUGCUACAUCCUUGGCUUUUUCAUGACAUUUGAAAAGAUAAAGAGAGAAAACAAAGGUGAACACUACUUCAGGUAUAUUUCACACUAACAUGUAGGAAUGGAAAUGUAACACAUACAGACAAUGCUGAUACCAAGAGAGAAAAAAUACUACACCAUGUUCCACUUCAGUAACUGCAGACAAGCGGUUCUUGAAUUUACCACUUAACACCAAAGAAACUGUUUGAUACAAUUUAAUUGCAUCUCCCGUAAAAAUGUCAUGAUGCACAUAUGUUCUGAUUGAAUCACGUUUCCAUAUGUUAAACAUCAGAUAAAAAAAAAAAAAAAACAGUCUUAAAGAGCAUCUGCAGUGGACAAGAUGCCAUGUUUAUGGCAGAAGGUUUCUGUACACAAGUAGUUUUCAACCAUGCAAGUAUCUAAAAAGGAAUGUACCUAAAGCAACAUUAAUCUAUGCAAACAUGAACAUUGUUGCAAUUGUUCUCCUAGAGUGACAACUGGUAGUUUACUAGGUUUGGUCUGAACAAGGGAUGUACAUCAAUAUAAUGUUUUAAUUGAUAAACAAUGUUAAAGACAUAGUACAUUGUCUGGAUUGCACCGAGUAAUGAGGAAGGCUUGACAUGACUGACAUGUCUGUACGUCCUUUGUUUAAACCAAAUUGAGUUACAGUAUUUUCUACUUCACAAACUUAGUUCACUUCCCAAUUACAAUUUGACUUUUUAUUUGAAACGUAUCUCUCUUACCGCUUAGACUUUUCUUAUAAUAGGUGGGAGAAAUGUUUGCAUGUAUUUCGGCAAUAUUGAUGCAGCUUGCACCAAUGUUGCAACUAUAUGAGAGUAUUCUCAUGGUGAAAAAUACAAAAAGUAGAUUUGAUCAUAUUUCGGUAAAAACUGUUGAUUACGUGUUGUGUUGAUAGAUUUAUCAUAAAGAACAAUUCCACAGCACCAAUUCUAUCAGUACUCACCACUCUGCAUCCAUCAGCCUAUUCCUUAGACAAAUACUACCCCCACUCACUUACUCAUUGUAAGCAGUUCUAUUGUACUUUACUGUUUUUUGUCAUUGUUAAACUACUGUCAAUGAAACUCAGUACCUGCACUGUUAUUUGUCAUGAAAAGUUUUGUAGCAGCUCAAGAUUGCAUAAUACCUACCUUUCUUAAUAGAAUGGACACUAUUUCUGCUUGAUUAUCAAUAAGACCCAAUUCCAAUAUACACACACAUUUUAAUAUAACAAAAAAAAGCAUAAAAACACAGACAUUCAUUUACAUUUACAAAAAUAUAAAAGGAAAUUAAAUUGAACACAAUGUUUUAUGCACACCAAAGCAUGACACGCUGUGCUGUGGUGUGCGUUCAUUACCCACCAGGCCUCUCACCCAAAGACAGGAAGAGGGAGUGAGAUGCCUGAACAUGUGCGAGAGGUGAUGGAUGACCAGAUUAUCAUAGUUUAUAAAAAUGCAGCAUAGAGGAUACAGCCAUUUCUCAUAUGAGGCUUGUAAGAAGUAAGAUGGUUAUUCAAUGCAGGCUAGACCUGCUCCACUGUCACACUGUUUGUUAAAGAGAGUCCAGUCUGCAGUUAAUUUACUUAACUGACACACCAGAAAACUGUAGAGUAAUAUUCUAUGUAAAUAAAUGUUUUAUAUAAAGUUGCAUGCUCCUUCAAAUUACCCACAAGAGUCACUGUACACAGCAGUAGUAACAGUUAUGAACUCUCUUCAGGGGUCUUUCUGACUCUGAUGUGACACUUGAAAAUGUCCUCUAAAACACCUGCAGUAUGUUUUUUUCUGCAUAAGUGCCAGGUUUACAAGACAUUUAAUAAUGCACUUAUACAUUAAUAAACACAUAAAAGUUACAGUGGAAUUAAUGUUAAUGUGUUGCCUUCAAUAAAUAUUGGAGGUGUUCUGCUUCCCAUUUGUUGUCCAAGUGACAAUUUAAGUGGUCCUCCUAAAUUUUGGGCUGGUGCUCCUUUGCCCUACUGAAAGGAAUCAUGCUCUAGUGGAAAAAAGGUUGUUCUGGAGCCCUGCUUUGUCGUUGAACUGAUGGAAUUAGUGCUGUGGAAAUGUACAGUACAUUAUGAGUGGAAUUCUGAAUUUAUGUAACCCAUUAUAGUAUAGGUAAUUCAGCCGCACUUCAAUGUUUUUUUUCAAACCAGCUUUUAUGAUUUUUUUGUUUGUGUCAUAUUUUCAAAUUGAGAGGCAUGCCAGUUUAAAUAUAUUGAGUUUAAGGUUUAAACUCUCCACACACUGCAAGCCUAUCUUAAAUUUAACCAGAAACUAUAGAGAACAAUAAUCGCCACACAUCAGUGUUUUGCUCCAACACAGUGUGGUUUAGCUUUACUGCCAAAACACGCACCUUUCCAGUUCCUGUCCCAACCUCAGCAGAGGGGAAACCCUUAAUUAUGAUUUCCUUCCUCCACUCACAUUACUCUUAGAACUGAUCAGACAUGUAAAAUUUAUAACAGGCUCGAUAGACCCGGUGAGACUGUACCAAAAAGGAAAUUCUAUCGAUACGUGGUUUGCAAAAAUGUUUUGAUGAUUCCGAUUCUUAUCAUUACGAUGCUUUUAAAUAUAACAGACUGCAUUUUAAAGUAGUGACGGUCAAAUAUAUCCCUCCAAAGGAUAAUUUUGUUUACUCAGUGCAUUUCCAAAUUACAAACUGAAUAUGCUCAACAGUUACAAUACAAGUUAUUUACAGCAUAAUAAAUGCAAGCACCAUUUGUUUUCCAGAGCUUCUUUGCCCACAUAUUGUAGCUACAUUGCUGACUAUAUUUAAUUGCAGAGUAUAAUUCCAAGAAUUUUGCACGUUUUGACAAAGCUGUGUCUUAGCUUUAGCACUGAUGGCUUCUGCCUACACAUUGUAGGAUAGUGCAGUGUGGUCUCAUUGGGCCUUCAGUUCCCUCAGCUUCAACACUCCUAUGUCUUGGCUUUCAAAAAAAUGAUUGUUUUCAUGAUCUGUGUUAAAAGUAAAAUGUAAGUUUAUAUGGCUUUUCAACUUGUGUGUAUUUCAUUUACAUAUUAGUGUAUUCCAAAGUUGCUCUGUAACAUUUCAUACAUAUUGUAUUGCCUUCUUGUUAAGUAGUUAAUGACUUAAAAAUCGAAUGCUGUAUUUUUCAGCCCAACAACCUCGAAAAACAUGUUCAAUAGAUAGGUGAACAUGAGAGCAAGGUUGUUUGCUGUACUAGUUAUUAAUGAUUGGCAUAAUACUAUGUAUUGCAUUCAACUCAAGCCAUAUAAACCCAUCUCUCAUCUGUGUAUGUCAUUCUCUGUAAAUGUUGCUCAUAUUGUAUCGUGACUAUUAACUCAAUACACUGUGAGAAAAUAAAGCAGUGC